AUGCCUUCCUCUUGCAAAGACAUCCGCGCCGCACUGGCUGCUUGUCUGCAGAACAGCGACUGCAUCAUGAUUGAGCGCAACAAGCCCGCCGACUGCCUGCGCCCGCCGCUCGUCGACACCCUCCCCACCCGCUGCCAGCAGCUCAAGAAGGGCUACGGCGACUGCAAGCGCGGCAUGGUCGACAUGCGCAAGCGUUUCCGCGGCAACAAGCCCGUCUCCGUCAGCUCCGAGAUCGAGGGCGGCGCCGACGACCCCGGAAAACAGCUGUACGCCGGCAGGCCCUUCUCGGAUGUCGUCAAGGCCACAAGUGGCAACGAGGACAAGAAGGACGACGAGUAG